AAUAUUUAUCCCUUCUUUACGUGAUGGAACUCGUUUAGAAGCUCGAGUUGGGGUAAACUAUGUCGACGAUCAGAAGCCCGUUAAAGCCAUUAUUAUCGCACAUCCGUAUGGGCCCUUAGGUCGAACAAGUUGGUCUGGUGAACCAGAAUGUGAAGAUUACAAAACAAUGCUAGAAUUUUUAUCGAAAUCUGGUAGAAUUGGUGAAAAUACCAUAUUACAGAUUCCCAACAUUUCUGAUGUUACAAUAAUACAAUGGGUUAAAGAUAAUAAAGCGGUGGAAAAUCUUUUGUGGACUAUCAAAGAAUUAAAGGGAACUGAUCAUUUUUAUACUUAUCAUAAUAUGGAAGAUAAGUUGAUCAAAGCUCUGGAUGAAUGGAUAAACAAU